UGUAACAAGAUGGCUGGCGCCGGGGUUUUCUCUGUGCUGCUGAGCAGUAUUUUAGUGCUUGCUUGCGCUGAUUUCCCAUAUCAAGUCGGUUACUUCAAUCAGUAUGUCGAUCAUUUCAACCAGAUGUCGUAUGGGGAAUCAACCUACAAACAGAAAUACUUAUUUCAAGAUAAAAACUGGAAAAGGGGCAAAGGCCCUAUCUUCUUCUAUGCUGGAAAUGAGGGUCCUAUUGAAGGCUUUUGGACAGCCUCUGGAUUUGUGCACCAAAUUGCUCCAGAGUUUGAGGCCUAUGUGGUUUUCCCAGAGCAUAGAUUUUAUGGGGAGUCCUUACCCAUGGGAAACAAAAGUUUCGAGUCUCCUUAUCUGGGACUCUUGACUGUGGAUCAAGCUAUGGCAGACUAUGCCAGGUUCCUCUCUGAGCUCAAGAAGUCUCUCAACUGCACAGAGUGCAGAGUCAUUGCUUUUGGUGGCAGGGCUGCCUACAUGAGGUUCAAGUACCCCAACAUUGUGCACGGCAGUCUGGCCGCCAGUGCUCCCAUACUUAUGCAGGACCCGGCCGGACCUCACGACUUCUUCUUCUCCCACGUCACCAACGAUUUCAAAGGCUACAGCGAAAAGUGCUAUUUGGACAUCAGAGCUGCAUUCCGUGAGAUGGAUGUUCUGUUUGCACAGGGACAGUCAGGUUUGGACAAGAUCAGCAACGACUUCUUCUUGUGUAACAAACUGACAGACAAACAGUCGUACCAACAUCUGCAGGGCUGGGUGAGGAAUGCCUUCACAUUCAUGGCCAUGUUGGACUACCCAUACGCGACAAGCUUCAUGGGGGGCUUGCCCGGACAUCCCGUGAAGGUUGGCUGUAACAAGAUAAUGAGUGCAAAAUCACUACUCUCUGGAUUGGCCGACGCUGCAGGCGUGUACUACAACGUGUCAGCGACCGUGAAGUGUUACGACAUCAUGGCUGAGUUUGUGGAGUGUGCCGACCCGACGGGCUGUGGCAACGGGCCGGCCGCCAAGGCCUGGGACUACCAGGCGUGCACAGAUAUUAUUUUGCCGACAGGCAGCAACAAUGUUACAGACAUGUUUCCAGUGUUGCCAUGGAAUCUGGAACUGAGGAAAGACUACUGCAAAAAGACUUUUGGAAUUACACCUCGCGUUGACUGGCCUGCCACAGAGUUUCUGGGUUCGAAAAUCAGCUCUUCAAGCAAUAUCAUAUUUUCUAAUGGAGAUCUGGACCCUUGGAUGGGAGGAGGGGUUCUCCAGAAUGUCUCUCCAACAGUCAUUUCUAUACUUGUGAAAGGCGGCGCUCACCAUUUGGACCUCAGGGCGUCCAAUCCUCUUGACCCGCCCGGUGUUAUUGCGGCGAGAGAGAAGGAGAGAGGCAUUAUACGAGGAUGGCUCAACCAGUCCUAAGUUCUAGUCUCCUCCCAUUCCAUUUCCUCUUAUUGGACUCUUGAUUAUUUCUUAUACACAUGAUGGAGGGUUUCAGAAUGUUAUGAAUUGGAAAAAUUUGUCAUAGAUCAGAUGUAUUUUAGCCAUUCAACUUUUUCAUAUGUGAAGCGUUCUGACAAAAUUAAAAGUUACUAGUUAGUUACUUCUCGGAUUAUCCGUACGCCUUAGGGUCAUUUCGUACCCCCAGGGUUGUAUUCUUCACAUUUUAGAAUACUUCUAGUGAGAAGAUCUCUUUGAAAUGUUCAGUAUUUCUCAAAAAA